AUGAAGACCAGCACCAUCAUCAUCAACUCUCUGCUUCUGGCCACGGGCCUGGCAGCCCCAGUAUCCCUGACGAAGAGAGACCUUGCAACAAUUCAAGGAGCGCUGAAGCAGGUGGAGGAUGGCCUGGGAAAAGUCAAGACGGCGGCCCAGGGGCUGGACGGCAAUGACAUCAACUCGGGUACUCCCAUCCUGUCGGCAUCGGACGCACUGAGCAAGACCAUCAAGCAGGCGACGGCGGAUAUCCAAGGCAGCCAGGAGCUGUCACUCCAGGACGCCCUCUCACUGCAGCAGUCAUCGAGCGCCCUGAUCACGGCGGCCCAAGACACCGUUACCGCCUUGGCAGGCAAGAAGGCGGCGCUCGACCAGCUGGGAGUCACCCAGGUUGCCGUCACCACGCUGAAGCAGCAAAAGACGGACAGCACGGCUUUCGGCAAGGUUCUCGUUUCCAAGGUCCCCGCCAUCGGCCAAGGCAUCGCGCAGCAGAGCGUCGACCAGAUCGGCCAGGCGCUCGACAAGGGCAUCGCGGCGCUCAGCGCUGCUCCCGCAGGCGGCGCUGCUGCCCCGGCUAAGCCGGCCGAACCCGCACCGGCUGAGCCUGCUGCGCCCAAGCCCGCUGAACCCGCCGCACCCAAGCCUGCAGAGCCUGCCGAGCCCGCUACACCCAAGCCCGCAGAGCCCACUACACCCAAGCCCGCAGAGCCCGCUACACCCAAGCCCGCAGAGCCCGCUGCGCCGAAGCCCGCCGACCCUGCUACACCCAAGCCUGCAGAGCCUGCCACCCCGAAGCCCGAGGAGCCCGCGGCAUGCAAGCCCGCGGCGCCCAAGCCCGCGGCACCCAAGCCUGCCACACCCAAGCCCGCCGAGCCCGCAGCCAAGCCCGCGCCCGCGGCCGGCAACAACAACAACAACAACCCCCUGGGAACCAUCCUCGGCCUCGUUGGACAAGGCAACAACGCAAACGGCAACCCGCUGGCGGCGCUGCUGGGGGCUGCUGGCGGUGCGAACGGCAACAAGGCGGGUGCCAACGCGGCCCCGAAUCCCCUCGUCGCGCUCACUGGCAAUGGUAAUGGCAACGCGGCCUAGGUGAUAGUGACUUGACGCUUCGCUUGAGAGGAAGACUGGGAGGUGAAGACUGGGA